CACACACACACACACACACACACACACAACACACACACAACACACACACUUUACCUUUCUUCUCUCUACUGAGAAGGUAAAGGUACGUGAACUGACAUACGCAUGGAUGAACAUAAAUACAGAUAGACAGGUACACACACGAAGGAGGAAUGCAGGCUGAAACUAGAGAAACUAAAGAACUGGAGCUGAAAAACCUGGACUCGGAUUUAAAGGGCUUGGAAAAUGACCUGAACAGCACGAAGGACUCGGAGGACGGUGUGAACAGAGAUGAAGAGGCCUUGUUGCUGUGGGUUCCCUUCGGACGCAGACUCAUUUCUGGACUCUUUGGGAUCAACGUGGUGCUGCUGGGAGCCGCGCUGAUCGGAGGAGACACUCUGAACCCGGAUGGACUUCAACACAACGAGCCAGAGGUGUUUCUGCUGCUGCUGAUGGGGUUCAGUGUGGUGUGGAUGCUGUGGUACCUGCUGUGGUCACGACGGCAGCCUGGAGCCCCUCCACACACUGAUCACCAUGCAGGUGGCGCUACAGUCACCGUGGUGCUCAUGCUGUUUGCAGGAUUCAGUCUGUUGCUGUGUGUGUUCAUGAUGGCGUACAACGUCAUGAUGACAAAAUGUCAGCCAUUAGCUAAAGUGCUUCUACCCUUCAUCCAGGCUCCGUUCCUCAUCCUCCAGACCUACCUGCUCUGGUCUCAUUCCAAAGACUGCAUCCACAAACACAAAGUCUUCACCAGGUCUGGACUAAUGAUAACCCUGUGCACAGACGUCCUGUUAUGGCUGAGUGCAGUAACAGAAGAUACCAUCCAGAUGGAGAUAGCACUGGAGAGAGAGUACAACAAGACCAUCAGCAGAGUGAAGACCAAUGAAGGCAUGAAGAAUGUGAUGGAGUGUGAGUGCAGAAGGCCAGUGUGCUUCGCUCUGCGUAAAGGCUACGAGGUCCUAUACCCGUUCAAUAUGGAGUUCAGCCUGCUGGCUGGCUGCAUGCUUUAUGUCAUGUGGAAGAACGUGGGGCGUCAUGUGAUCGGAACCCACUCCGGCCACGCCCAGAAGAUCACACUGCGGAUUGUGCGUCGUGGUGGUGUCCUGCUCGGGCUGAUCCUGGGCGUGAUGGUGCUGAUCUCCGGCAUUGUGGUUUUCCUUCUGUACCAGGUGUGGGUGGGGCAGAAGAAGAAACGGCUGGAUGCUUUUUUGAUGUUUUACUACUUUCACAUUUGCGUGAUGCCUGUGAUGGUUCUGUGCUCACUGGUGGGAACACUAGUGUACCGCUGGAAAGAGAGUAGAGGCCAUAGCCAACAUCAAGGUGGCAAGGCUAAAGGUGAAGGAGGUGCGGCUAAAAACCCAACACGCAAUUUGGACGUACUGCUGCUACUGGGCGCCGGACUUGGGCAGCUCUCUCUCUCGUACUUCUCCUUGGUGGCGGCUUUGGCUCUCGGAUCUGGAGGGGUUCUGGGAAAUUUACACCUCGCAUACUCACUACUCAGCCUGUUGGAGCUCAUACUACAGAACAUCUUCAUCAUCCAGGGUCUGCACUCUCACUUACACACUCACACACAGCCACACACAUACUCCAUCAAGAACGAGGUGGGCGGUGAGGACGCCGAGGUGGACGCCGAGGUGGACGCUGAGGGGGCUGAGGUGGAGGUCGUCCAUAAGCAGAUGGUGAGGAAUGGGGAGAGUACAGGCCGAGGAAAAUUGUUCUUGUAUCCCAAACAUGACGGUCAUCGCUGGAGUAAGAGGGUCAUCCAGGAGAUCUGUGCUUUCCUCAUCCUCUCCAACAUUAUGCUGUGGGUGAUCCCGGCGUUCGGAGCACACCCUCAGUUCGAGAGCGGCGUGGGGAAGCAGUUCUUUGGUUUCUCGGUGUGGUUCGUGUUGGUGAAUCUCGGCCAGCCGCUCACCGUCUUCUACAGGAUGCACUCUGUAGGAGCACUGAUGGAGCUGCUCAUCUCUGCAUGAACAUACACACACUAUGCAACACACUAUACAACACACACACACACACACACACACACACACACACACACAUAUACCAUACAACACACAAUGUAUCACAAUACAUGAUACAAUAGAUUGAACACUAUGGGUAGAAGCAGCAAUUUUAGUGAACUAUUUUCAGAUUUGUGGAUAAAUUGCAUGCAUUAACAUGUUCUACUCUUGAAUAAUAGCAAUAAAACAAUCAACAGCUCAACUGUUUUUGUAUGCUCAUUUUCAAACACCACAUUAUCUAAAAUUUGGUAACUUUGAAGAUGCAUUUAAGCUCCACCCACUUCAUAAUGUCAUAUAACCCUUAAUCUUGCAUCCCGAUGUAUAAUACAUUUAUGUGCCAUUAUGAAAUAUAUGUCCAUUUCCUUUAUCCAUCCAUCCAUCCAUCUUCUAUACCGAUGAUCCUUUUCAGGUUCACGGGG